AGCUCAGCAGGGCACAGCAGGAUCCAUCACCCACCUUCAACCUCAGAAACAUCUUCAGAAAUGGAUGGGGCCUGGGUCUACCUGGUGACAGGAGGAUGUGGCUUUAUUGGGGAGAAGAUCGUAGAGCUCCUGUCUCAACAAGACUACAUCAAAGAAGUCAGAGUUUUUGACUCAGUAGCGAAAGGAGAAGUAGAAAAUCUCACCACAGCCACCACUCGUGUGACAGCGGUGAAAGGCGACGUUCGGGACUACGAGGAGCUCGAGGCUGCCAUGCAGGGCGUGCACGUGGUGAUCCACACGGCUGCCCUGGUGGACUACAGAGGCACGGUGCCCUUCUGGGAAAUGAGAGCUGUCAACGUGGGGGGUACCGAGAAUGUGUUGAGGGCCUGCUGUGUCCUGGGCGUUCCAUACGUUGUCCACACGAGCUCCAUCGCUGCCGUGGGACCCAACACCUCGUGUGAGCCCAUGCUCAGAGGGAAUGAGGACACUGAGUACAGUGGGGAAGUGGAGCUGCCAUAUGGGAAGACAAAAGCCAUGGCAGAAAAACUUGUACUUGAAGCCAACGGAAAAAAGCUGAGCCGUGGUGGUGAACUCACAACGUGCGUCAUCCGUGCAAACACCGUGUACGGGGAGAAGGCAGCGUUUCUGCAGGAGCUCUACUGGGGGGCCAAGGCCAGGGGUGGUGUCCUGAACUACCUGGAGCCUGAGGACUCGGAGAGGAACCACACCUACGUGGGGAACGUUGCAUGGAUGCACGUCCUUGCAGCAAGGAACCUGCAGCUGAAACCAGGCUUACUGGCAGGACAAGUGUACUACUGCUAUGAUGACACUCCAUCCAGGAAGGGUUUCCUGGUCAGGCACCAGCUGUUGUCCACUGCAGACCCCUCGGUGAGACUGGGCUCACACAUCCCCUACUGGAAGAUGUGGUUAAUGAUACAACUGCACAGGAUAAUCAGGGCCAUCUUGUUGCCCUUCUGGGAGCCUCAGCCUUUCCUGAACCUGCCUUUGCUGAACACAAUCGUCACCACCUUCUCCUACGAGACAGACAAAGCCUCCAGGCAUUUUGGGUACAGACCCCUGUUCACCUGGGACCAGAGCAGGCUCAGAACUGCCCAGUGGCUGAAAGCAGCUGUGGGGAACCUGCAACACCCCAAGUUUCACGGGAAGAAGAACUGAACACCACUUCUGGGGGAAGGAGACCGCUUGUCACGCCAGCAGGUUCCAUCCCAACUCCGCAGCACACACAGAUCUCUGGCAGGACCUUUGCAAACACAGAAAUGCUGGGGCAGAGGCAGAGAAGGAGCAGAACUCUGAGGCUGCAAAUGCAAAAUACAGAUACACUUGUCAUGCCAAAAUCUCGGCUCUUUUGUGUGCUGGGGAACACCGGGGUGCAUCUGAAAGCUUCCUCUUGCAACCACGUGGGCCUUGCUGGCCUCAGUCCCUCCCACAGUGCCACCACUGCAUGGGGUCACCCCUGGGAACAGGACAGACAGGCUCAGAUGAGAGAGGGUGCCCCAAAAAACACCUUUAUUGGUGAAAUUAGACAACCAGUUUUGUUCCACAGCCUAAGGAGCCACGGCCUCAGACAACUGGUGGGACGCCUCUACUGCCUCAUACACUAAAGGGUAUAAAAACAUAUAUGAUACUUUUGGGGAAGACAAGGAAAACCCAGCAAGUUCUUGCUCUGUUUUAGGCUUUAAUAAAGAGGAAAAAAAAAAAUUCUCUUUUCCAGAACUACCUUUUGCAAGAUGCUUCCUGAUAUUUUUGACAUGCAGAAUAUUACAUCUGCUUAGAAAUAUUACCCCCAUAAAAAGAAACCUCUUGUGCUCAAAAUGUACAGGCUGACUUCCUUCACCCCAGUUGUGUGGCUGGAGAACUGAUGUCCACAAGCUCAAAGGUGGGGUUUAUAUAUUCUAAGGUCCCAGCACUCCAGCAGCAAAGCAAAGCAAAGCAGAUUAAAGCUGUGCUGGCAAACAGCAACUUCAAGUGAAGGCCUGAGGGGCUGAAUUUAUGCUAAAUAACGUUUGAACUUCGGGAGGGAGAGGUCACUUCAACCCAUUCCGUGGCACUGCAGCUACACAGUCCAUCUGGGAGCAGCAUUUCACAGAUGAUAUUUUCCUAACACAGAUGGGGCAGGCACUUCCAGAAAAUUCACAGCAAAACUGUGGUUUCUAUCAGUUUAUCAGCUUCUCUAUUUUUAAGACAUACGGAGAGGCUGGUAAAUCUGCAUUAUGCACAACUGAGAUUUCAGUUUUCACUCGAGCUUGGAGGAAUGGGGUAUUUUUACAAUACUGGUUCAAAUCUAAAAUUAACUCUGUUGGUAUCACACUUCUGUGUUCUGUGAAUACAUACCCAUCUCAAGUGUUCCUGAAGUAAAAGUGUGCACAUGCACAAAUCAAAGCUUAUUUUAAUUACAAGCACCCCAAUACUCCUGGGAAAAGCAAGUUUCAGCAUGGCAUCCUUGAGAGAAACGACCAAAAUUUGCUUCCUGUUAGUCCCUGUAAUUACCCAGGAAGGAAAGUGGAGCAAUACAGUGUGAGCUGCCAACUUACAUUUGCUGAAACUCACUCUCACGUUCGCUUUUAUUCAAACUGAUUUGGCAAAUCAGAAAUCAGUCGCUCUGGUAAUUCAUUACUAACUUCAUGUAACAAAUAAAUUUGGGCAAAACGGUUGCAAUCUGCUCGUAGGGAAUUUGAAAGGUUAAAGUGUGUAAGAGAGAAGCUCCCUACUGUUUUCUCCCCCUACCAUUUGUGACGGGGAGGGGGGUGGUGUUUAAGGGAGUAAUAAAACUUCUGGGCUUUCUAUUUUCGCUGA